AUGCUCCUCCCAUCAGCUCUUCCGUGCGACCUGCUGCGCCCCUCGCGCUUCGCAGCGAGUCGGCUGCUGUCGACACCACCGCCUGAAGAUCCUUACUACCCGCCCGGCAACGGCCUGCUGGGCACCUGUCGCGCUCUGCAGUCGCUGCUCAGUGGAUCGCCAGCACCCCCGUCACGACGUGAGAAACCAGCACGACUGCAGAGCCCGUUGCAGUUACGCACGCCGCCCCGGUCGACACGGUCGCGGGUUCGAGCGACGCCGAAGCCAGAGCCACCACGAGGCGCCAACAAGCGCAGACGAGAAGAGGAAGAGGGAGAUAGCGCAGACAGAUUUUCUACACCCAAACGAUCAAGGCACGCUCCUUACGACCUCCCUCUCGGUCUUGCGCCAUCGGAUUUCUAUUCCCUCCACUCGCCGCCCAGCAGUGAACCGCGGUCGCCCAUCGAUCCAGACGCCGCGAUUCCUUCCAUCGAAGUCACAGACACAGAGUCGAGCAGUCGGCGAGAUAAUCACAAUGACUGGACGGCCGACGACGACGAGCGUCUCGUAGCCGCCGUGCUGGCCAAGUUCAACCUCUCGCAGUCCGACUGGGCGGAGUGUGCGCGCCGCCUGGGCCGCGACGACGCCAGCAUCGGCCGGCGCUGGGCUUCGCUCGUGGGCGACGGCGAUGUCGGGCUGCGACGGGGUGGAAGACGAUUACGCCCUGCGAUCGACAUGUGGCGGUAA